AGGUGGCGGGGUGGCGGGGCCGUGGGCGCGCCAGUGUGGGGGACCCCCUCCACCAAGGCUGCUGGGGGAGCUGCCUUCGGUCUGCCUUCCAGAGCCGGUUUUGUGUGUGAAGUGGUGGCAUGGACCGUGCCUCCCCGGGCGCGCGUCCCGUUUCCCGGAAGCGCCGGUAUCCGCGGCGGGCGUGGUGCGCGUGGCCUCGCCGCAGCUUGCGCCCUUCCGAGGAGGACGUUACUCAAGACCUAAGAGAGAGUGGAUUUGGAGUUUGGAUUUUAGUGGACCUAGUUUAGCAAAACAUGGAUUCAUUUCAGCUACCGUGCACGCUCACCCAGACAAUUACGUGAAUGAGAGGAUGGAAGAGUUCCGGGCUGCAUCAUCUUAGGGAGUCAGUGGUACUUCUGGCAAGUUCUGUCUUCCCUGGCUACUAUGGUUCGUGGCUCAGCACUAACGCGGACCAUGUGGACUGCAGAUGAGAUUGCCCAGAUGUGUUAUGAGCACUAUAGGACCAGACUGCCCAAGCAGGGGAAGCCUGACCCCAACCGUGAGUGGACAUUACUAGCAGCCGUGGUAAAGAUACAACCUGCAGCUGACCAGGCCCAUGGCAUCACUAAUAAACCGGCACAAGUGACAAAGGAAGUUGUCUCAAUGGGAACAGGAACGAAAUGUAUAGGCCAGUCCAAAAUGAGGAAGAGCGGAGACAUCCUCAAUGAUAGCCACGCUGAGGUCAUAGCCAGGAGGAGUUUCCAAAGGUACCUUCUCCAUCAGCUCUAUUUGGCGGCUGCCUUGAAGGAGGAUAGCAUCUUUGUUCCUGGAACUCAGAGAGGGCUGUGGAAACUCAGGCCAGACCUCUCAUUUGUGUUUUUCUCCAGCCAUACACCCUGUGGGGAUGCCUCCAUCAUUCCAAUGCUCGAGUUUGAAGAUCAGCCCUGCUAUCCUGUCUGUAGAGACUGGGCCAGUAAGCCAUCAGAAGCCAGUGGUGACCUGGAAGCUCCUGAGGACACAGAGAGAUGUGAGGGCCUGGGUAGUCCUGUGACCAAAAAGAUGAGGCUUGAGCCCGGGACUCCUGACAGUGUAGCUCAGCAUCAGAGUUUUGGCCAUCAGGAAAGUGGCCCAGUCACACCAGAUGUCAGCGGCUCUCAUUUUACUGCACAGGAACAGGCCCCUGUCACCAGAAUGGCCCCCGGUGGUGUCAAAGUGGUGGACGUUUAUAGAACCGGAGCCAAGUGUGUGCCCGGAGAAGCUGGAGACUCACGGCAGCCUGGUGCUGCGUAUCACCAGGUGGGGCUGCUCCGAGUGAAGCCUGGCCGGGGAGACCGGACUUGCUCCCUGUCCUGCAGUGACAAGCUGGCCCGGUGGAACGUCCUCGGAUGCCAGGGGGCACUGUUGAUGCACCUUCUAGAAGAGCCCGUCUACCUGUCAGCUGUGGUGAUUGGGAGGUGCCCAUACAGCCAGGAGGCGAUGCACAGAGCUCUGACUGGGAGGUGUCGGAACGUCUCUGCGCUACCCAAAGGCUUUGGAGUUCAGGAAGUGAAAAUACAGCAGUCUGGUUUACUGUUUGAACAGAGCCGCGGCACGGUGCGGGCAAGAAGGACGGACGGCCUGGGCCGACUUGCUCCUUGCGGCGCAGCCAUCAGCUGGAGCGCAGUUCCCGAGCAGCCGCUGGAUGUCACUGCCAAUGGCUUUCCGCAGGGAACAACGAAGAAAGCCAUCAGGUGCCUUCAGGCCAGAUCCCGGAUUAGCAAAGUGGAACUCUUUAGAUCAUUCCAGAAACUGCUAAGCAGUAUUUCGGAGGACAAGUGGCCAGACUCCCUCAGGCUGCGGAAGCUGGAGACAUACCACGAGUACAAGGAGGCCGCGUCUGCUUACCAGGAAGCCUGGAGUGCGCUCCGAAAGCAGGCCUUUGGAUCCUGGAUCCGAAACCCACCAGAUUAUCACCAGUUCAAAUAAGAAGGGCAAACUGCAUCAAGCAUGUUGGUGGCAGAGUUUUCCGGCUCUUCACACUGGACCGCUGCUUUCUUUGGUGCUGGACAAAACGGAGCUUUUCUUGUGGCCGAGUCAGGCAAAAAAAAGAUCUGCCAUCUACCAGAGUGAACUAUCACUUCAGACAGAACUCUGGAACAUGGAACAGGCUAUCCUUGACUGAAGUCACGCUCUCUGCUGAAAUGGCAUCUAGCUGAUGACCUUCGCAUCUGUGCUGACUCGUGUGUUAUUGCUUCUCUAAAAUAAUGGAAUAGGAACGUGGAAAGGGAUGCUUUAAAAGGACUCUGUGGUUGCUGUGUUUUGUGUGUUCUUGCUUUGGCAAGUGUUUAUGGGAUGGAGAUGAUGUUCAGAUCUGCACGUUUUAGCGCUUCCUUUGGUGUUGUGGACGGGUUUUCUCUACCCAGCCUUUCUUCCUGGGAGAAAUACCCUUUCCUGCUUUACCCACGGCACUUGGCUGAAGCAGACCUUUCUCCCUGGCUGUGAGAGUGGGAGCCAGCCCGACAAUCCCGGAACUGCUGCGAGAGCUAGCAGGGAAGAGUCUCUCUCUUGUACCAGGAGCUCUAAAGGCCACAGAGUCGUGGGACCACCUGUGGCUGCUUUUGCCAUCACACAGCAACGGGGAGCUUGAGAAUGUAAGCAGUCAAGAAGGAAAUCUGUUCCCGUGACCUUGUCUGGAUGCCCCUGCUCACCCUGGACUCCCAAAGACAUGCCUAGCAAGAAGUUGCUGCGGCUGAGGUCACAGAGGUUGCUGCCUGUGUUCUUCUCGAGGAUUUUUAUGGAUGCUUCUAAUUUUUAAAUUAAUUUUUUUCUACCCUUUUAAAACAUGUUGAGAAAAUUUUAAACGGACACAAAAAUAGAAUAGUGCACCCCCCAACCCCCAUGCACUCGCUCACACGCACGCGCUCUCUCUCUUUCUUUCUCUUUCUCCCUCUCUCAAAUAAAUGAAUAAAAUCUUCAAAAAAGAAAGAAAACUUCUUAAGCGAUUCUGCAUACACCUGUUGCACAAUGUGAAGAGGAACAUCUGGUUGCCCCAUGUUCGGUGACCGAGCAGUGGGUUCAGUGGUGUCAGCCUUCUCUCUCCCACCGUGAAGUUCCCUAUCAUCCUUUCACCUAAUGGUUUUGGCAGCCGGGUCAGGGAUCCCCAAGACCACCCUCAGGUUUGACGAGCCACUGGACAGACUCACAGAACACACCGAAGCUGUCAAAGUUACCAUUUAUGUCAGUGAAAGGGCACAGAUUAAAAUCGGCAAAGAGAAAAGGCAGCCCGGCUCAGUCCAGCAGAAAACAGGUGCAAGUUUCCAGUCGUCCUCCCUGUGUUAACCACGUGCGUCUGACGCUUUGACAUCUGGGGCCUCCCUUACCCUGAAGAGACUGCCUCUAGGAGUCUAGCCGACUCCCGGCGAGAGUAAAAGAUCCCGGCCGUGCACUGCAAAGCUCAUAGCCCAGCCACCUGCUGCGUGGGGCGCUCACGCUGGCCGCCUGCGCUCCUCACCUGCUCCUCACCCGGCUCGCGGUCGGGAAAACCAGGGACAGCCCUUGUGCCUCAGGCGCCACUGAAAUGAAUCAAACUAGCCAAUCCCCAGUCUGCUUAGCUGCCUCAUCCCUCCCUUCGCCCUUAUCAUAACACCUCCUGCUCGCAUGUCCUCGCUCCCUCUGCCUCCUGACCAACCCUGGUACUUCUCCAUCAGAUGGAAGGGCGGCUGUGGCCCAGCUGUCCUCUCCUCCUACAUUCGCAAACUCUCCCAGCGGACUUGCACACGGGGCACUUAAUUCUCCCAGCAAUGAUGCGUGACCGUACAGCCAAAGUUUUGCUUCAAGUGCAGCUGCCAUGGGGCUUGCGUGGGGCCACACCCCAUCACAAAGAAUGAUCUGGCCCAAGAUGUCAGUAGUGCUGAAGGUGAGAAGCCCUCAUCUAGGGAUUGUGUUUUAAAGUCACUUGAGGGGACGCCUGGUGGCUCAGUCAGUUAAUCAUCUGCCUUCAGCUCAGGCUGUGAUCUUGGGGUCCUAGGAUGGAGCUUCUGCUGGGUGGGAGUCUGCUUCUCCCUCUGCCUCUGCCCCUCCCCCGCUCAUGCUGUCUGUCUGUCUGUCUCUCUGUCUCAAAUAAAUAAAAUCCUUAAAAAUAAAGUCACUUGAAAUUGCUCCUCUUCCAAAUCUAUACACAGUUAACUUUGUUUCAUUUGGCUUUUCUAUUUGGGGGGAAGGGGGGAGUGGCUUUUCAAAAAAUUAUGUAAAGUAUUUAUAUGAUUCCAGAGUUAAAACCAGUAAAAAAAAAAAUCAGGGGUAAAAGCAAGGUACAUUCAGAGACAUCGCCCGUCCUCUCCCUCUCGUUUGUCCCUUGGUCCAGCACUGACCAGCAAUUUUUAUUAGUAAUUGGUGGUCAUUUCCUUCUUGCUUUUCGAAAUGCUCUGUUAUGAGCCUCCAUACAGUAUUUUGUAUUUUCGCCAGGGUAUCUUUGGAUACAUUUUUAGAAGUA